AUGAAUGAACCGAGACGGCUUACUUCCUGUUUGUCUUUGUCCCGUGGAGACGCCACGGAUCAGCUGGAGCAGAAGGUGAUCGAGUUCUUCGUCAACGCCAAGAAGAACAAGCCCGAGUGGAGAGAGGAGCAGAUGGAGGUCAUCAAGAAGGAUUAUUACAAAGCUUUGGAAGACGCAGACGAGAAAGUCCAGCUGGCCAAUCAGAUCUAUGAUCUGGUGAGUAAAGGAAGGGAGAUACAUACACACACACACCAGGCCACCACACAGAUGAAGGAGGGACGCAGGACGUCCAGUCUGAAGGCGAGCUACGAAGCCAUCAAGAACAACGACUUCCAGCUGGGCCGAGAGUUCUCUCUGACCCGGGACAACCCGGGCUACACCUCCUCCGCCCUGGCCAACACCCUCACCCAGACCCUCACCCCCCCCACAGCCGCCGCCGCCUCCGACUCCCGGGGACGCAAGUCCAAAAGCAGCAUCAAGUCUUCCAACCACCAGUCGUCUUCAUCGUCCUCCUCCUCCUCUCUGUCCUCCUGCUCUUCAUCGUCCGCCCUGGCCCAGGAACUUUCCCAGCAUGCAUCAGCGCUGCCCGAGGCCGAGGCCAACAGCCAGGUGGACUGGACCUACGACCCCAACGAGCCCCGAUACUGCAUCUGUAACCAGGUUUCUUACGGAGAGAUGGUCGGGUGUGACAACACAGAUUGUCCCAUCGAGUGGUUCCACUACGGCUGUGUGGGUCUGACCGAGGCCCCCAAGGGGAAGUGGUUCUGUCCUCAGUGCACAGCGGCCAUGAAGAGACGGGGCAGCCGCCACAAAUAGGCUGCAGAGGUCAGAGGUCACCAGGCUGUUCACACACAUCAGCUUUAAAUUCAGACUCCAUGUUUUUCACUGAAUAUCGGCCAUAAGUGUAGUUUUUUUAUGUUAUAAGCCCAGAAACUACAAAUGUUCUCCAUGUUUGUUUUGUCAUAAAGAAAAUGUCCAAAACUCUGAUUUCACAUUAAAGUCAAAAUGUUCAA